AUGCCUCCGCUGCGCUGGCUCUCCUCCAACCAGGUGAGUGUCCUCGUUCCCCGUCGCUCUGAUUUCCUGCGAACCAACCAGACGGCUCAUCUCUUCGUCGUCUCGUAUGGCCCCUCGUUUCCCGCCUCUCUCGAUCCCUCGCUUGGUUCUGGUUCGUCGCAGCCCCGCCUUCUGCUUAAAAUCUUAUCUGAUGCCGGAUCCCGCGUGCCCUACGGCUGCUGCGCUGCAGACAUGGCUCGAGCGGCGGAGGACGUGUCGUUGCCGCUAGCAUUGCUCAACCCGACGUAUGACAUGGUGGCGGAGGCGGCGCCGCUGGAGUUCAGCGUGCUGUUUCUCUACCUGGGUGGGCUGCUGGCGCUGCUGGGCUUCGGCACGUUCCUCGUCGUGCGGCAGGUGCUCGUGAAGCGCGAACUCGAAAACGCCGCCAAGGAACUGCAGGAUCGCGUGCGGUCGGGCGAGGCGUCGAGCGAGGAGUACUUCGAGCUGGGCGCCAUCAUGCUGCGCAAGAAGUUCUUCGUGGUCGCCAACAAGUACCUCGAACUCGCCAUCGCCAAGUGGGAGGGCGACGAACAGGAACUCGCGCAGGUGUACAACGCGCUGGGGUUCAGCUAUUUCAGCGAGGAGAAGCUGAAGGAGGCGGUGAAGGCGUAUGAGAAGGCCGUCAGCCUGCAGCCUGCGUACGUGACGGGGUGGAACAACCUGGGGGACGCACUGGAGAGGCAGAAGGAGUGGGCGCGCGCUCUCAAGGCGUACGACACAGCACUGCUCUACGACCCGUCCAACCGCAUUGCUGUCGGCCGCGCCAAGGACCUCCGGCAGCGCGUCGAGCGGCUACGCUACUGA